GUAACUAGCCUUUGUAAAUGCACAACGUUCCGGAAAAAAAGGAGGAGUAAAACAGUCGUAGGGUUCCUUAAAAAAGCAAGAUGGCGACCUCCAUGGUUCACCUUUGUCGGUCUAAUUUUCUGAGAAUCCCUUGCCUUUGUUCACAAACAGCGCGGAGUUUCUUCACAAUGAAUGGGGCGCUUUGCUUCAGAGCAACGCAGCUUUUGUACGCUGAGCCUCCAAAGAAGAAGAAGAGGGUGGACCCCAAGCAGGAGAUGAUGAGGCAGCAGAGGAUACUGAAACGCAUGAAGAAGAUCCAGUUUAAGAUGGGGGACCCGGAACUCAAACCCAUAGAGGAGUUCAGGACGGACAAGAAGCUCCUCCUGGAUGACAAAAGAAAGCGAGACACCCCGGCCCUGACCUACGAGGAACAGGAGCGACGGGCCCUCCUACAGAAGGACUGGGCGCGGCACAAGUUCCAGGAGCACGUGACCGAGACCAACCUGAUCCAAGCCCUCCUGAGGUCCCAGGAGAAGGCGCUGAAGGAGCUGAGGGCAGAGUCCGAGGAGCUGUACCAGCAGGCCAUCCAGGCAGACAGCAACCUGUUCCCGUUUGAGGUCAAAGGGCCGGUCUACACGCCGCCGAUACCGGGCUACGCCAAAGACAGCCCCGACGGGGAAUACGUGGACAUUUCUAAACAGUAUAAGUGAGCUGGAGCGAACACUGCAGAGUUUGUAGUCAAGUCGGUCACACGUCAUUCACAAGUCAAGUAUCAAGCUUUUCAAAUGAAUUGUGACUUCCUAUGUGUCUGUGUUCAUCCCCUGUUGCUUGUCAUCUAACGAUUGGAUGUGAACAUGAAUAAGUCACAAACUGAGUCGCAGCGUUGUGCGUACUUUGAGGAGACAUUCCUGGAAGCCAUGUACGUAGGACCAUCCAUUAUCAAAUAAUUGAGUUUCAGAUUAUUCGAAGCUAGGUUUGACCAACUAUUCAAAUAUUGGAAACUCACCGAUCAAGUUUUAUACGUGCCAGCUGCAAAUGUGUGCCAUGCCAGGCAAAAUUUAUACACAAAGCACUCCAGUUAAAAUGUAUGUGCAGCGAUUGUUAUUAUGGAUUGUGAUCGACAUUUUCAUGUGCCUGUUCCAGUAUCAAGAUUACCAUGUGUACAUUGACAUAUUUUUAAGGAAUUGACUUGCUGCUGUAUUAAAAAAAAAGUGGCGUCUGGCAAUAAAGCAUCACAACUUUAUUGUU